ACCAUUUUUAUCGACAGUGUAUGAAAGUUUUGUCGGAAAAGGAAAUGGCCGUUCUCAGAUUUCUUGGUUCUCUCCAGUUCUCUCUGCGUAUACAUUUUGGCGUCUGGCGUUCUAUGAGAUUAUUUUAUGCGAGACACGCGAGUUAUAUUAAUUCUAUUUGUGCAAUUAAUAUCACAGCAAAAGUUUAAAGAGUAUUAAAAUGUCGGAAUAUGAAAAAGUGCGGACAGGAAAGUUAAUAUUGAAAGGCGAAAAGUCAAAACCGAAGAAACGAAAAUCUAAGAAACAAGAAAAAGAAUUGGAUGUUACUGUGGAAGAUAAAGAUACUCUUACACAUGGAGGAUGGUGGAAGGUUAAGAAUGUAGCUGAAAUCACUGGGACAGUGGCCAUCGAAUUUGGGAAUCAAACAUACAUGAAAGCACUUGACAACGGACUGUUCACUCUCGGAGCACCACACAAUGAAGGAGAGAGUCCAUCGCCAGAGGAGAUAUUAACAGCAUUUCCCAUAAGCGAGACUAAGAUUGCUUUGAAAUCAGGAUAUGGCAAAUAUCUUGGGGUUGAUAAAAAUGGUAUUGUUAUUGGACGAAGCGAUGCUGUCGGUUCUAUUGAACAAUGGGAGCCAAUUUUUCAAGAUGGCAAGCUUGCAAUAUUAAAUAAUAUUGGAUGCUUUAUGUCGGUUACAAAUGAUGACGAUAUAAUUUGUCAGAGUAGGACAGCUGGUUCAUCAGAAUUUAUUAUUAUAAGGAGUAUAAUACAACGUUCUGAAAAUCCUAAUAAAGAAGUUCCAAAAGAAGAGCAAGGAUCACUCACAGAGGUUGAAGUAAAUUAUGUUAUUUAAUUUCACAGACGGAAGUUUCAAAAGUUUCAAGAUAAGAAGUUAAGAAUAAAUAAAUCCGAUCGUUCUGAAUUGGAAAAAGCAAAAGUUGAAGGAAAUUUACAUGAAACUCUGUUAGAUAGGAGAAGUAAAAUGAAAGCUGAUCGUUAUUGUAAAUAAAUUUAGUAUUUUUUUGUAAAUUUAUUGUAAAUAAUUUGUAUGAAAUGCAUUUUGUAUUUACCCAAUGCUAAUUAGUCUAAUGAUAAUACUAAAUAAUAAUAACAAAUAAUACAUUUAUGUAAAUAUUUCAUAAUAUUUCAACAGCAAAAGAACAAUCUAAUAAUAAAUUAUAAAUUAAUGUUGAGUGUGUAAAAUAAAAAAUAAAUGAAAAAAAAUGAAUAAGCAACUUCUAAAACUUCUAUACAAGCUUUUUUUAAAAAUUAAUUAAUGAAAUAAAACAAUAAUGACAACGUA